AUGAAUAUUUUUGAAACUUAUGAUAAGCUGAUAGAAAAUAUUCAACAAAUUCCUCUUGAUGUUUAUCUUUUUAUUCGUAAAAAUACAAGAAUUAAUUUAAAAUUAGAUAAGUUAAUAAAUAAAUAUAAUAAGCUUUUAAAGUAUACUUAUAGAGGAUACAGUGUAGAUGAAGAAAAAAUAAAAAAGUUGUCUACAAAAAUUUUUAAGUUAAGAAAAGUUCUUAUAGAUUCUUCUGACGUUUUAAAAAAAGUGCUUUUGGAUUUACAAGAAAAAAGUGAUAAAAUUUGCAACAUGAAUUAUGAAAAUAAUUUAUUACCGAAAUUAGAUAUUGAGAAUAUUAAUAGAAUAGUAAAAGUUGGACGUUAUAAAGAACAUGGACCAUACUAUUGUAUUUGCAAACAGAAAGCAUAUGACAAUAUGAUUGCUUGUAAUAAUACCAAUUGUAGAAUAAAAUGGUUUCAUUUUGUAUGUGCAGGAAUCACUCUGCCACCGAAAAGUGUAUGGUAUUGUACUGAAUGUAAGAAGAUGAAAUAA